CAGCGCGGGCGGACGGAGCGCGAGCCCCUGCGGGGUGUGCGAGCCCGAGAGCACCGAGCCCGACCCCGGGGAGUGAGCCGGCGGGGAGCCAGGACACCUGCGAGGACCCCUCCUCCAUGUGGAGCAGACACACAUGAUGGCUGAUCCUCGGGGCCCUGUAGACCAUGGAGUCCAAAUUCGCUUUAUCACAGAGCCAGAGGGUGCUGCCGAGGUGGGCACCCUUCGUCGCAGUGGGAGACGCCCUGCUAAGGAUGCACGAGCCAGUUCCUAUGGGGUCGCUGUGCGCGUGCAGGGCAUUGCUGGGCAGCCCUUUGUGGUGCUAAACAGUGGAGAGAAAGGGAGUGACUCCUUUGGGGUCCAAAUCAAGGGCACCAACAACCGGGGAUCGCCAGGAGCACUGAGCUCUGACUCAGAGCCCCCUGAGAACCCCUACUCUCAAGUCCAGGGGUUUCCUGCCCCUUCUCAGGGCAGCACAUCUGAUGAGGAGCCCAGGGACCACUGGAGUGGAAGACUGCUCCGUUCCCAGUCGCAGGCCUCUCUGACAGGGCUGGCUGCUGUGGCUCCCAGCAACAGGAGCGCCAGCUUGUUGGAGCUGGCCCCUCAGAAGACUCCCCCGGUUAACACCAUUGACACUGCUCCAUUGUCUUCCGUGGACUCACUCAUCAACAAGUUUGAUAGUCGAACCGGGGGCCAGGUCCGAGGCCGGACUGGCCGCCGCACGCGGACGCUUCCCCAUGAGCAGCGCAAACGGAGCCAGAGUCUGGACAGCCGGCUCUCACGGGAGAACCACGAGGAUCGGGAACGCCAGCCCCCCAACCACUGGACCCCUGGUACAAAGUAUGACGAGCACGUGGACAGUUCAAAGCAGCCAUCCCAGAGCCAGAGCUAUCUCAGCAGCUUUAGCCGUUCCCGGCAGACUCAAGACUGGGUCCGUCAGAGUUUUGAGGAGCCACGGGACAAAGCACAGGAUCCCACCAUGGUGCAGUUCAAAUCAACUCCGGACCUUCUCCGAGACCAGCGGGAGGCAGCUGUACCAGGCAGUGUGGACCAUGUGAAGGCUACCAUCUAUGGCAUCCUAAGGGAGGGAAGCCCAGAAAGUGAAGCCUCUGUGAAGAGGAAAGUUAGUUUGGUGUUGGAGCAGAUGCAGCCUCUGGGGAUGGUUUCUCCUGCUUCUACUAAGGCCCUGGCAGGGCAGGGUGAGCUUACCCGCAAAGUGGAGGAGCUCCAGAAAAAGCUGGAUGAAGAGGUGAAGAAGCGGCAGAAGCUAGAGCCAUCCAGGCUUGGGCUAGAGAGGCAGCUGGAGGAGAAGGCUGAGGAGUGUAGCCGACUGCAGGGACUGCUGGAGAGGAGAAAGGAGGACGCCCAGCAGAGCGCCAAGGAGCUUCAGAACAUGAAGCUCCGCCUGGGCCAGGAAGAAGGAUUACGGCAUGGGCUGGAGACCCAGGUGAAGGAGCUACAGAUCAAGCUGAAACAGGGCCAGAGUCCUGAGCCUGCAAAGGAGGUUCUCCUAAAGGACUUGUUAGAGACCCGGGAACUCCUGGAAGAGGUCUUAGAGGGAAAACAGCGAGUGGAGGAACAGCUGAGGCUGAGGGAGCGGGAGCUGACCGCCCUGAAGGGGGCCCUGAAAGAGGAGGUGGCCUCCCAUGACCAGGAAGUGGAACAUGUCCGGCUGCAAUACCAGAGAGACACGGAGCAGCUUCGCCGGAGCAUGCAAGAUGUGACCCAGGACCAUGCUGCAGUGGAAGCUGAGAGGCAGAAGAUGUCUUCUCUGGUACGGGAGCUGCAAAGGGAGCUAGAGGAGACGUCAGAGGAGACAGGGCAUUGGCAGAACAUGUUCCAGAAAAACAAGGAGGAGCUGAGAGCCACCAAGCAGGAACUUCUGCAGCUGCGGAUGGAGAAGGAGGAGAUGGAAGAGGAACUUGGGGAGAAGGUGGACCUCUUACACAGGGACUUAGAGCAGGCCCGGGCCGGUGCAAGAGAUAUUCACCAGGUUGAGGAGCUCAAAAAGCUAAGCCUGAGGGUGAAGGCUUUGAAGCGGCAGGUGGAUGAAGCAGAGGAGGAAAUCGAGCGGCUGGACAGCCUGAGGAAGAAGGCACAGCGGGAGCUGGAGGAACAGCAUGAGGUCAAUGAACAGCUCCAGGCCCGCAUCAAAUCCUUGGAAAAGGAUGCUUGGCGAAAGGCUUCCCGCUCAGCUGUGGAGGCAACCCUCAAACAAGAGGGGUUGAGCUCCGAUGAGGAAUCUGACAGUGUCUACGACCCCUCAUCCAUUGCAUCACUGCUUACGGAGAGCAACCUGCAGACCAGCUCCUGUUAGUUUGCGCAUGCUCUGCUAAGGACCGCAGACAGGCUUGGAGCCUAUCUUAGCCAGCCCUGCUCUGCUUUGCUCUGUCCUGCCUGCCUGAGAGUCUUCUUUUCCUAUGGGUGACCGGAUCCACACUUCAGACUGGGAGGGGUCAGAACGACAGUGAUAAACCCAUUAGCAGUGAGCUGGUGGGGGUGGGCGUGUCCUUGUCACUGGAAGAGUGGGUAGGCCUGCUGAGCCCUCCCUGUAGGUGCUGACCUCUCCAUCAUCUCCCUUACAGUGGGACUAAUGGUCAACAUAUACCUGAGCAGGACUGCAAAGGACAGGAAGGGGUGGAUAUUGCCAUGUAUAUAAAGCUUUAUUUCUUUAAUAUUUAACCAUAUGGCUCAGGGAAAUACCCAAGGUUCUACUCCCUGGAUCCCUUUUUUUCUCCCUCUCUGGAGCAAGGGAGGGAACAUAAUGGGUAUGGACAUGCAGGCGUGGCUCUACCCACUUUUCAGAUUCUUCUUUUUGCACAGUCAUGGGCCCAUGAGUAGUCCCUAGCAUCUCUUGAGUUGCGAUAUUUUUGUUGUCUCCAAGUCACUGGGGUCCAGGGGACCUGCCUUUCCAUCUUGACCAUCCCUGUCUGCUGCUUUACUCUCUGUGCCUUAGCAGUGUGAGAUGAGGAUGCUGUUCUUGCCUUUCAUAAACCUGCACAUUCAUACCUCUCCGAAGACCAGCCUUUCCUCAUGGGGGCCCUCAGCCUGUCCUCCUUCCCCAGUGACUGGGCAGGAGAGCUCCAGGCUGCUCUGCCAACCAGCUCCUGGAGAAGGGCUUCAACAGGCCUGGUAAGGUGAUGGACUGGUUCUGCUCAGGGUUUCCGUCUUCCUUCUCGCCCUCUCUGACUGGAUGCUGCCAUGAGGUGGUUGUACCUGGGAACCAUGAGGACUGUUUAUUCAGGCUUUAAAAAGCAAACAUCUAGUCCCUGUAGCCUCCUUGUGGCUUCUCGAUAUGCCCAGCCUCAAUGGGAACCAACAGAUCCUUGCUUUUCUCAGGAAGUGGGCCCUGAUUCAGAGCUUUGCCUGGGUUUAGAAGCUGACUCUCAGUAGAGAUGGGAAGGGGCAAUGGAGAAUUUAUUCCUCCUUUGAGUUUUGGGGCGUGCCAAGCUCUGGUGGGUGAAGGUAAUAGGGAUGGUUCACCUCUUAUUUCCAAAGUAAGUUCUGUUCUCAUCAAUCACUUGUAAUUUCAUGAAUUAAAAAAAAAAUUCUACAAAUCAGUUAUUUUUUCCAAAUCCAAUCCAGCUUUGGUUUAUUUUAAAUUAAAUA